CCCAUAUACUAAAAAAGAAAAAACUACAAAAAUAAAGUCUUGUGAAUCAUCUCUACUAGCCAUGUAGUGAUCAUCAUCGAUCGUGAGAUUAACAAGAGCCAAUCAAAGCCAUGGAUAGUCCUAGCAACAAAGGCAAAGGCAUAGCAGAAGGAUCUUCGUCUCAAUCGCAACCGCAACCACAAUCACCUCCUAACCCGCCAGCUUUAAGCCGGUACGAGUCACAGAAACGGCGAGACUGGAACACGUUUUGCCAAUACCUUCGUAACCAGCAGCCACCAGUUCACAUCUCACAGUGCGGUUCGAACCACAUCCUAGAUUUCCUCCAAUAUCUUGACCAAUUCGGAAAGACAAAGGUCCAUGUCCAUGGAUGCGUUUUCUUCGGACAAGUUGAGCCGGCUGGACAGUGUAACUGUCCUCUAAAACAAGCGUGGGGGAGUUUAGAUGCUUUGAUCGGACGGCUCAGAGCGGCUUACGAGGAGAACGGAGGGUUGCCGGAGAGAAACCCUUUUGCCGGCGGAGGUAUUAGGGUUUUUCUUAGGGAAGUGAGAGAUUCACAGGCGAAGGCAAGAGGAGUUCCGUACAAGAAAAGGAAGAAGAAGAAGAAAAGGAAUCCUAUGAAGAGUCAUGAUGCUGAAGAUGGUACUACGGGGACUAGUAGCUCCAACUUGCCAUCUUAGCAAGCAAUUAAAAAAAACAUAUAAUAAAACAAAUGUGCGAUUAAUUAAUGGUAAGCAUUUAUUUCUCUCUAUGUUAAUUUUCAAUUAAUAACCACGUCUAUGAUCUAUCUGCAAUUCUACAUAUGUAUUUGGAAUAGAUAUCGAUAGUAAGAUCU